UCUCGUACGGGUUCUGCACAUCCUAAAUCAAAUCCUUCGCGAUUCACCGAUGCAGAAAUACCAUCCGAAAAUAACAAUCACGAUUUUUGUAAAUAUAACGAGACAGCGAUCCUGGUACGACGUUGUACAUUUUAUGCGUCGUGAUCACGUUCAAUGGAUACCUCAGUAUCAGUUUACUUGGAGCUGUUACAAACUAUUAAGAGAAUGUAAUUAAGCUGAGAAUGUAGAUAAUGCCGCGUAUAUUAAACUUGGGAUAGUUGAAAUAUCCUACCAUCAGCGUUUAACCACGUCUCACGUUUCAAUUCCUUCAAUCGCGUCAAAAGGGUCAGGAUGGUGCAGUGGUGGAAUUAAUUCAGCGCUCUCGUGCAAAGCUAGGAAAGAUGCCGCGGUUAACAUGGAAGGACAGUUUCUGGUUCGUCAGAUAUACGAUGAUGAAAUUACAUAUAACAUCAUAUCGGCAGCUGUCAAUCGGCUCAACAUUCCAGCGGACGAAAUCCUCGAGCUGUUCGGCAGGAUGUUCUUCGAGUUCUGCCAGGAUUCCGGCUACGACAAGAUUCUCCAGGUGCUUGGGGCUACGCCCAGGGACUUUUUGCAGAACUUGGACGCCCUUCACGAUCAUUUAGGCACUUUGUAUCCGGGAAUGAGGGCGCCCUCUUUUCGGUGCACCGAGAGACCAGGGGAUGGAGCGCUCAUAUUACAUUAUUACUCCGAUCGACCUGGUUUGGAACACAUUGUGAUUGGCAUCGUCAAGACCGUGGCGAAGAAGCUUCACGGCACGGAUAUAGAAAUGCGGAUAUUGAAGACGAAAAACGAAUGCGACCACGUGCAGUUUUUGAUCACGAACACGUCCGGUCCUGGGGUCGUUUCAAAUCCCAUGAUCGCGGAACUUGAAACCUUAUCUGUCGAACCAAAAGUGAGCCCUAUGACCUUUUGCCGAGUUUUUCCAUUCCAUCUGAUGUUCAACCGGGACCUUACCAUAGUUCAGACUGGAUGCACUAUAACUCGAGUUAUCCCUCAAGUGUGCUCUGGUAAUUGCAAGUUGAACGACAUCCUUCUGACUGUGAGACCACAUUUAGAGUUAACAUUCGAGAACAUAUUGUCACACAUCAACACGGUUUACGUGUUACGAACGAAAAAGGGUGUAAUGCAAGUGGAUUCUUCCGAAGAAUAUUCGUACCUACGUUUGAAAGGGCAAAUGUUGUACAUACCUGAGUCAGACCUCGUCACCUUUCUCUGUUAUCCUAGCGUUAUCAACUUGGAUGACUUAACCAGGCGAGGUUUGUAUCUGAGCGACAUCCCCCUUCACGACGCCACCAGAGAUCUCGUGCUGAUGUCAGAGCAAUUCGAGGCUGAUUACAAAUUAACGAGAAACUUGGAAUUGCUUACCGAUAAAUUGCAACAGACGUAUCGUGAGCUCGACGGCGAGAAGCAGAAAACCGACAGGUUGUUGUACUCUGUGCUGCCCAUUUCCGUGGCGAACGAGCUGAGGCACUCGAGGCCGGUUCCUGCGAAGAAGUAUGACUGCGUGACCUUAUUGUUCUCCGGGAUCGUUGGUUUCGGAGCUUACUGCGCCGCUCACACGGACUCCAGUGGUGCGAUGAAAAUCGUCAACAUGCUCAAUCAGCUGUACACAGCGUUCGAUGUGCUCACCGAUCCGAAGAAGAACCCAAAUGUGUACAAGGUCGAAACUGUUGGUGACAAAUACAUGGCCGUGAGCGGAUUACCGGAACCAUGUCGUUGCCAUGCACGGUGCAUCGCUCGUCUCGCAUUGGAUAUGAUGGAUCUAGCCGCGGACGAAGUGCAGAUCGAUGGCGAGCCUGUGAAAAUCACCAUCGGCAUCCACAGCGGAGAGGUUGUGACCGGGGUAAUUGGACACCGUAUGCCUCGUUACUGCCUGUUUGGAAAUACGGUGAACCUCACCAGUCGAACUGAGACCACCGGGGAACCGGGUAAAAUAAACGUCUCCGAGGACGCAUACAGAUAUCUGUGCAUGCCGGAGAAUCAGGAUCCCCAAUUUUUGCUGGAGUACAGAGGGCCUGUGUCUAUGAAGGGCAAGUCGGAACCCAUGAACGUGUGGUUCCUGUCCAGAGAAAGGGAGCUACCUGCGUAAAUUUGCAAUCGCUGUGGCGACCGCCAUCGUAGCAAUAUUUUUACUACUCAGCUCGAGCUCUCAAUUCAUUUAGCGCAUUAUAUAGAAAAAUACAAUUUUUACGGUUCUAAUACUCUAUAAACGAGCGUUCUUCAACUAUCACACAAAACACAAACUGUAGAAAAUUUCUUUGUACGGUACGAUAUUUAAUUCUAGGAUGACUUCCGUUAGAUUCAACGCUUAACCAAGUCCCUCGAUGAUUUCAUUUUUAAUAGAUAAGUUUGAAUUAUCAAGUUAAGCCAAUGUAUCGAUUUGAAAUUGCAGAAGAGAAACCGCAGCGACCGUCACGAUACAUGAGUAAAUCACACGAUAAAAGUAAUCGUACGCUUUAGCGAAUAUUGCGAGAGGAAGAUGGAAAUUUCCAUGAGAUAUACCCCUUAAAGCAACAAAAUCAAACGGAGAACGUUUUCUAUCAGCGAAUGUCACUUCGUUAGGUAAUGCUUGAUUCUUCGGUUACAAAAUUUAUUAUUUGCAUUUGUCAACGUCGUUACUCUAUGGAAUAUUUAUCAAGUCAAUAGUACCACGUCACGAAAACAAUUCUCAAGUUAUCAAGUUACAAGCACAACAGGACAACCUAUUAUAUUAUUCAGAAGUCCUCCUAGGCUUAGGUCGUACUAAAAAUGGUUCCUUGUUAAUAUAUAUCAUCGUCCAUACGGCGAUCUCGAAUCUCUACGUGCAUUUGCCAACUUAACGACCAGUGUUUACCACUUGUAAAUGUAAGAGGCAAUCAAAUAUAAAUGUCACCGAUAUUGGGUAGCGUGUCCACCGAUA